AUGAAUCGUUUUGGCGAUAUCGACGUUUCGUUUAAACGACUUCCACCAGUGUAUGGUUAUCAUGCUGAAAAACUUGUUUCACUUGAAAAAGCACUACAGCCUAUCGAAGCUCAUAUAAAUGAACUGCCUCGUUUUAUUAAAGUAGCUAAGGACUAUUGCCAUUUUCCAUCAGAACAUGGACUUUCACAUGAUCAAUCAGCUGCUGUUUAUAUUUACACAAUGGAAUGGGGCGAAACUACUUUAUAUCGUGUAUUAAAUAAAGCAUUACGAGCUCAAAAUCGGAAAGCGUUGAAAAUAUGGUUUCCAUAUCUGAAAUUAUUUGAUACAGCAUUAGAUUUGUUACCGACUGUCAAAGAGGUGGUAUGGAGAGGCGUACCUAUUGACAUUGUUGUGAAUGGUAAAAAGAUUUCUGGAUAUACAGAACAUGAAAGUGAAGAUGAAAUUAUUUUACGAAUGGGAUCACGAUUUCUUGUAAAGAGCGAUGUUUUAGAGCAGUCGAAUGGUUCACAUCUCGUACAUUUAAUUGAACUUGGUGACAAUAACGAUCAACCACUAGCAUCAGCUAUGGAUCCAAUGCACCUGUCUGCAGUAUCAUCAAAUACAAGUACAUCGAGUAAGUUAAUUAUACUUCUUCACGAAAUAAUCUUCUGUAUGAUACAUAUGUGUAAAAUAAUCAUUAAAAAAUAUCCGAAUACUGACUAAUGUAUAUAAGAUAAAGAAAGAAAUCAGAUGAUUGUAUCAGUACAUUAUAUCGAUGCAAAGUCUUCAAUUUGAAGAAAGAGAUAGAUCUAAGAAAGAAAUCUCGUCAAAUAGAAAAAAAGAAUAUUUUAUUAUUUUUAAAUAAAAUUCUAUUUCACGAAUCAUUGACAUCUAGAACAAUAGUAUGGCAUAGCUUUGACCAUUUUAGCAUCCUCGAUUGAUUUGCUCCAAUCUGUAGAUCCUAUCAGGAAAAUUUGGUUAUGACGUCGUGGAUCUUGUCAAAUCGAAUAAUCUAAUCAUUUGAAAUUUUCAUGAAUCUUGGCUUCUAAAAUAGUUCGGCAUCAUUCAGGCUGAGGAUUUGGAGACUUCUGUUGAUCGUUACCUUUUAUUGUUUAUUUAUACACCCAUUCUCGUCCCUCGAUUUUUAAUCUCUUUGGUUUCUGUAGAUUCUUCGAACUCUACCAGUUCUAUCAUUCUAGCAAAAUGUUCGUGAUGUGGCAAGCUCUGAAUAUAGGAUUGCUGAAGCGAUCUAGCAAGACACAUUGAGAAUCUUUUUCCAGUUAAGCAUUGACAUCCACAGUUUGGUAGGAUUCACAACGCCUUCGAAAUAGAAAUAUUAUUAAAAACAUCGAAUGAUUAUUGACUUUCAAAAACGAUAUAUUCUUUUUGUAAUCUCUCAUAGAUCUUCGAAUAAGAUACUAUCUGAAAUGCUAAAAUUGUUUCCAAGACCAUUUCAGAAACCAUUCCAACAUCAUAAGUCUAGAAACCAUGUUUUUUAAUACUUGAAUUUCUUGUGAUCAUUGAUUUCCCUAUGUUUUAUUACAUGUCAGUUACUACGACUUCUAGUAGAGUCUUGCUCGAUUUAUGUCACUGAUUGAAUAUCUAGUCUUACAAAAAAUAGGCAUAUCUGCUUCAGCCAUUAACUGAAUGUUUUAGCUUGGAUGGAUAAUACAUUUGGAGAUAUAAAUGGUGCCAGUAAUUUAAAGAUAUUGUGUUAAAUAUGUAGCUCCUGGUUAUAGAUCAAUACUUUAUAUCUUAUUGUCAUCAUCCGAAUAGUGCUGAAAGUAAUUUUCAUCGAUUGUUCUCCCAUGGAUAAUAGUAGCUUAAUUCUUGAUAUUAUUUGGAUGGUCUGAUAAACUGUUUUCAGAACAUAUGACCAAGCUCGUAAUGUAAGUGAGUUAAACUCAAUGAGUAGCAUACAUUAGCCUCAGAACAGUUUCAUUUGAAAGAAUAUUUCAGAAAAGUUAGUGAGCGCGUGCGGAUAAACGUCUUCGGCCAUGAGAAGAUUCAUGCUCAUAAUGACAACCCUUGAUGAAUAGAAUAUGAUUCACCGAGAUUAAAAGAAAGUCACCUGUAAUCAUUUUUUCGUAUUCAUGUUCAAAAAAAUGCGUGGAAUUUCUAGUUUUACUGAUGGUAUCGAUAUUACAGUUCGUUUGAAUCACACAAUGUAAAUCAUAUAUUUAAGAAUCCAACAUCGUUGUCCCAUUUUAUUGAAAUAAUUUUAAGUUUAUUCAGCAUGCCUGUAUUUUAAGUAUUAGAUAAAAAAGGGUGUAGGUGUGGGUAUGGAUCUUCUCUUCAAAAGAACCCACACCCUAAUUCAAAAAUCAAAUAUUUUGCCAUAUGUCUUAUGAAAGUAACAUAUAAAAAGAUGAUGUCAUGAGUUUCGCAUUAUAGCAGACUUUUGGCUUGCAUUUUGCAACAGCAUGAAAUUCGACAGACAUAAAAGAUAUAUGUACAUAUUUAUAUAUUCACGAAAGUUAUCUACAUUAUAAUCCAAACUUUCUUAUUAUCCGUUGUUAUCGUUAUCGAAGAAUGAAAAAUAUCAACCACUCAUUGCGAUAAAGUGUAAAAAAACGAAAAUAAAUGACGUAGUUUGAUCAACAUGUUGUCUAAUGAUGCACUUUCUUAGUAAACAAUUGUAUAGGUGUGAAACGAUCCAUACUCAAAACUUAUCAAUAGUAUCCAACUAUAGUUACUUAUUCGCUUUUUCGUCGUUAUCCCUGUUGGAAUAGAUGGAAAAAAAUUGAAAUUUUAUUUUACUUUGUACAAUAAUGAGAGAGACAAAGAGUUAAUCUUAUAUUGCCAAUUUGUGUGACAAUAAAGAACUUCUAUGAAUGAAAUGAGCAUUUGAAAAAUUUAGAUCAUAUCAAGACGUUCAUUUCAGCUUAUCGAUCAAUUAACAUUUGCAAUCUGUAGAUGAAUAUAUAUGAAGAAAAAUAAAACAGGCGAUAAGUUGUCCAAAAAAAACAUUACAUUCUACAUGUAUCAAUAGACAUGAACAAGAAAAGAAGACGAAUAAAGAAUCACAUGUUCGUAGAAAAAAUCUAUAUGAAGAGAAGGGACGUCAUUCACAGAUAUUUUUGAGAAACUUAAUAGACAUUUUGCCGAGACGAAACGAUCAAAACUAUCAGUCGAUAGACACACGUUUUCAAAUAAGAGAUCUUGUUGAUCAUCAAAAAAUUUCUUGGAACUUCUUCUAUGCUUGUAGAACUUAUUGAAAUUAGAAUUAAGUUCAUCUAAUAGAAUCUCCAGUCAAAAUAUUGAUGAAACAUAAAAUUUUCUACUGCCUCUUCUUAUAAGACAAUUCGAAUUGUUAUUUCUAUUUUUUUUAUUCAGAUUAAAGAUAUGCUUUCCUUUAGUUCUUCGUUUACAAUGAUAUUCGAUUUUUUUCAUUCGAACGAAACUAUACGUAUAUCUGAUGAAUUGAAUCUUAAUUUUAAGUGUUUAAAAAUGUUAUAUAUCCAGAUUAUGUAUGAACACAAUACAUAGAUUUCAUCUAAACCUUAUCUUAUCUCUACUGUACGAAGAUUUUAAAGAUAAAUCGUAGUUUUUUUUUAACGACGACCACUUUGUUUCGGUAUUUAUUCAUAAGACAAGAAAUAUAAUUAGUAGUCAUGGAUUAAAGAGAAAUCAGCCUCAAAAACAAUGCUUAUCAAUCAAACAAAUCGUAGUGAAAAUUGUUCGUAUUCUUUGUGCAUUCAUCUUUUUUUCUCUCUUAACAAAAUUAUAAAGGAACGAAACUUUCAGACUAGUUUGACUACAAAAACAAACUUUUGCUUGUUUAAAAUUUUCAAUGUCAUUCUUAUCGUUUCCAUGUAGUUUAUUAAAUUUCAUGAC